CGCUCUCCACUUGCCGCCGCCGGAGAGGCCGGUGACCUCUUGGCCGCCCCGCCUCGGAGCUCAGAUGGCUCAGGCGAAGAUCAACGCGAAAGCCAACGAGGGCCGCUUCUGCCGCUCCUCCUCCAUGGCCGACCGCUCCAGCCGCCUGCUGGAGAGCCUGGACCAGCUGGAGCUCAGGGUGGAAGCUUUAAGAGAAGCAGCAACUGCCAUUGAGCAAGAGAGAGAAAUCCUCCUGGAAAUGAUCCACAGUAUCCAGAACAGCCAGGACAUGAGGCAGAUCAGCGAUGGAGAAAGAGAAGAAUUAAAUCUGACCGCAAACCGUCUGAUGGGACGAACCCUCACUGUUGAAGUUUCAGUGGAAACCAUUAGAAACCCUCAGCAGCAGGAAUCCCUAAAGCACGCCACCAGGAUUAUCGAUGAGGUGGUCAGUAAGUUUCUGAAUGAUUUGGGAAAUGCCAAGAGUCACUUGAUGUCGCUGUACAGUGCGUGUUCGUCUGAGGUGCCGCCUGGGCCAGUUGAUCAGAAGUUUCAAUCCAUAGUCAUUGGCUGUGCACUUGAAGAUCAGAAGAAAAUUAAGAGACGCUUGGAGACUCUGCUUAGAAAUAUUGAAAGCUCCGACAAGGCCAUCAAGCUGCUCGAGCAUUCUAAAGGAGCGGGCUCCCUAGCUCUGCAACAGAAUGCUGACAGCAGAUUUAAUUAGUUUCCAAACCUGAGAGCAAUGAUGUGAAAAUGAUAACAUGCUAUCUUAAGUGAUAACUAGUUCUUUAUAUUAGGCAUAACCACUCAUUUGAUAAAGAAGAUGAAAAUAUUCCAGUGUCAACAGUUUUAUGAAUAACAAUUAAAAGUAGAAAUAUUUUAA